CCGUGACCCUCCGGACCCCCUUCCUCCCUCCCUCAUCACCGUCAGUCACCACACCACCCCUUUAUUAUUAUUAUUUUUAUUUUUUUAUUUAUUUGAAUACGAAAAAUUCUAUUACUCGAGUCACGGGAAUGGAAGACAACAAGAACACCCAUCCACCUCCGAAAACGCGCAGAGCCCAGGUGGCGAAUGCCUGCAUGAAGUGUCGUGAUGCAAAAUUAAAGUGCUCCUCCACUCGUCCCGUUUGCGAUCGAUGUCUCGAUCGGAAGCUCGCGUGCGUGUACGACGUGACCGAAGGCAUGACGAAGCGACAACAAGAUCGCGUGGAUUUGCUGGAUUCGGGAGAACAGUUGCAUCGGAGGAGGAUGUUGUUGCAAUUUUUACAGAGAGCGAGGAUUGAGGAAGCCGUGGAAAUGCUCGCCCGUCUGAGAUCGGGCUACAGUCUGGAUUCCGAAUACCUGCGAGUGCAAGAUCGAUUUCGACUUCAAGACGGCGUCUUUGUGCUACUAGAAGAGGAGAAGCAGCAGCAGCAGCAGCAGCAGCAAGGCUCAUCUCAACGCAGAACCAGCACCACCACCACCAGCAGGACUGUCCCAGAUGCUCCUACACAAGAAGCCAUCCAGCGAGAAUAUCUGGAAUUGAUCAAAUGGAGCAAUAUGCCUAUUGAUCCUCAAUUGCUUGGUGAGAAGGGCCAACAGCAGCAGCAGCAGCAGCGGAAAGAUCAACAAGAACGACAACAAGAAGAACGUCACGAGCAACCAGAGCAACAACAGCAACCAGAGUAAAGAAUGCAGCGAUUAUUACAAAUUGUUGUCGAAGCAGCGCACGCAAUGCUUUUUCCAUGAUGACUUGAUGUUUCAACAGAUCUGUUGGGAGAACAAGAUGCAAGGUAUUGGUUUCUUUUACUGAAGAGAAAAAGAAGAAAAAAAAGAUCGUGUAAGAAGUAUAUACAUAGGUACAUGUACAAGGGAGGUUAUUUUCAAUAGCCGGGCCUAUGCCUGUAUGAUCUAACAACAGCAACAUGACAAGUUGACAACAGGUUCACAACACUUUUAAACAGGUCAGUAUGCCUGUAUGAGGCUGUGUGAGGCGGUGUCAAGCAGGACCUGGUCGAUCGGGAGGUAAAGUCGCCACAUGGACAUCGUAUAAUAAUAAAAGCGA